CAGUCCGACCGGAGAGCUGCUGGGAAGCUGCUGGAGGUUUUGUGAGCUCCUCGGCCGGAAAAAUAGGGAUCUUUGUAUCAACCCCUGGUAGUAGUAGUAGUCAAAUCCGACGACAACAGGGAUCAGUCAUGCCUUUCGGUAACACGCACAACCAGAUGAAGAUGAAUUACGCCUCGGAUCAGGAGUAUCCGGACCUCAGCAAACACAACAAUCAUAUGGCAAAGGUCCUGACUGCUGCGAUGUACGAGAAGCUGAGGAGCAAACAGACACCCAGUGGAUUUACUUUGGAUGAUGUCAUUCAGACUGGGGUUGACAACCCAGGACAUCCCUUCAUCAUGACCGUGGGAUGCGUCGCCGGAGACGAGGAGACGUACGAGGUGUUCAAAGAGCUGCUGGACCCCGUGAUCGAGGACAGACACGGAGGAUACAAACCCACAGACAAGCACAAGACCGACCUCAACUCAGACAACCUGAAGGGAGGCGAUGACCUCGACCCCAACUACGUCCUGAGCUCCCGAGUCCGAACGGGACGCAGCAUCCGCGGCUUCUGCCUGCCACCACACUGCAGCCGAGGAGAGAGACGCGCCGUGGAGAAGCUCUCCAUUGAAGCUCUGGACUCUCUGAGCGGAGACCUGAAGGGGAAAUACUACGCCCUGAAGAACAUGACAGACGCUGAGCAGCAGCAGCUCAUCGAUGACCACUUCCUGUUUGACAAGCCAGUGUCUCCCCUGCUGCUGGCCUCAGGGAUGGCCCGUGACUGGCCCGAUGCCAGAGGCAUCUGGCACAACGACAACAAGACAUUCCUGGUGUGGGUGAACGAGGAGGACCACCUGCGUGUGAUCUCUAUGCAGAAAGGAGGAAACAUGAAGGAAGUCUUCGCUCGCUUCUGUACCGGACUCACCAAGAUCGAGAGCCUGUUCAAAGACAGAAGCCAUGCAUUCAUGUGGAAUGAGCAUCUGGGUUACGUCCUCACCUGCCCGUCCAACCUGGGCACCGGCCUGCGUGCUGGUGUGCACGUGAAGCUGCCCAACAUGAGCAAACACGCCAAGUUCGAGGAGGUUCUCAAGAGGCUGAGGCUCCAGAAACGUGGAACUGGUGGCGUGGACACGGCCGCUGUGGGUGGAAUCUUCGACAUUUCCAACGCUGACAGACUGGGAUUCUCUGAGGUGGAGCUGGUGCAGAUGGUGGUCGACGGCGUCAAGCUGCUGGUGGAGAUGGAGAAGAAGCUGGAGAAGGGAGAGUCCAUCGACAGCCUGAUGCCCGCCCAGAAGUAAAACCAUCCAAACACCCGACCACCUCCCUUCCCCUCCCUCCUUCCCUUCCUCUCCCUCCUCCCCCUCCCUCUCAUCUACACCCCCACCCCCCCCCCUCCCCUCUGUCUGAAUGAAUGUCUGACUCUGUCCUGGAAUGCACUCUGUACUAUGCAGUUUGGAUUUGUUUGUGUAUUUAAAACAAAACGGUUCCUGUGAGGUGAAGAUGGAUCUGAAAUAAAAUGUUCUGCUUAAA